AUGGCGUUUCAUCCUAACCGUCUCCAACAACAAAUGGCUCUACAACAACAUUUCUCCGACACCGACAACAAUUUCGUCCUUCGUACGAUUCUCCCGGACCACUAUCACCUUGCCGUCGAUAACAAUGGUGGAGGCGAGCUUGGGGAGAGUGAAGACGGAGGUGGCGACGUUAACUGGCAAAAUGCGAGAUAUAAAGCAGGAGUACUAUCACAUCUGCUGUAUGAACAAUUAUUAUCAGCUCAUGUCGCUUGUUUGAGAAUCGUAACUCCCGUUGACCAGUUACCCAGAAUCGAUGCACAGUUAGCACAAUCACAACAUGUUGUAUUAAAGUAUUCGGGUUUUGAAGGACAGAGUAAUUUUGGUGAUGAUAAAGAACUUGAUCAAUUCAUGGUAUGCUUCUUUUCUUCUUAA